AUGGUCGCAAAGGUGGGUGGCAUUAUUUAUUCUUUGUUUACUCAUGUAUUGUUUUUUCCCCCCGAAGCAAUACCAGCGCCUGACAAUUUUGUAUAUGUGUCAGAGGAUGCAACAACUGUUCAGUUAAAUUGGACACCACCUCAAAAAAUGGAUCCCAGUCUCUACAAAUUCCAAGUGAUUAUGUAUAAAAAUGAAGAGAAAACAGAAUCAGUGACUGUGAAAUCAAAUGAAAAAAACAUUUUAAUGGAAGAUCUUCUUCCUGCUACUGAAUACAAAGCUACAAUAAACACGAUACUGAAUAAUGGCAAACAGAGCGAACCAGCCGUUUUAAUCAUCCACACAAAGCCACUCCCACCUGAAAACAUACAGAUCAAAAAUGAUGCAACUUCAGUUUAUCUGAAAUGGAUUGAUCCUAUCAUUGAUGACAAGAUUCCUCACAGAUUCAGGGUGAUAUGGAGAAGUGAAUCCAAUGCAGUGGAAGCGUUUACAGAUGAGGCAGAGUUAAAUGUGUCAAGUUUAAAACCAGGAAUUGAAUAUUCCUUCCUUGUCUGCACUGUAGUUGAGUUAAAUGGCACAAAGCUUGAGAGUACUCCGGUUAAAAUCACACAUCGCACAAACAUAAAUAUGGAAUCUGUGUUAAGAGAACUGGGACUACAAAACCACUUGAAGAAUAAACUGACUUUACAGUCUGUGUUGGAAUUAAGGAAAUCAUCAGAUGAGGACCAAACUGCACAUAGUCUCAGAUCUUUGCCGUGGCUUUUCCUCAGAAAGCUCAUGAUGGUCAAUUCAUCAGCCAGAAUUAUAAAAUGUGCUUCUAAAACAACUAACUCUGGAAACUCUACUGGUUUCUAUGAAGAACAGAAAGGAAUCCAUCCACUAGAUUUGAUCACAGCUCUGUUCCACUGUGCCGAUCCUUUCCUACAGCAAGAAAUGGCUCUAAAAAUGUCAAUGUGUCAGUUCUCUGUGCCUUUGCUGCUGCCAAAUUGUGACACAAAUGAGUGCACUCUGAUGCUUUGGGCCUUGAGGGACAUAACAAAGCAGUUUAGAUCUAAUUUAUUGGACGAGGAUAGUUUGGAGGAAAACCGUAUUGUGCUAACUGAUUUGCCCUUGAUCUCUUUUGUCAGACUAGGAAAAAGCAGCGUGUCCAAAUCUGAGUUUCUAAACAAACUCCUCAGCAACAAUCAGCAUCAUCACGACACUUUUUUCCACAAGGAACUGGAAAAUGGGAACAUUCCAAGAAAGAUCUCUAAUGGUCUUGUUGAAAUGAGCUGGUAUCUCCCUGGAGGAAACAAAAAUAAUGACAAAUUUAAAGAGCCAGUAGCUGUAGCUAAUCUCCGUGGGGAUAUUUCUGACUUUAAGACCCAAUUCACCUUCUUGAGCCAAACAUCCUCUGCAGUUUUUCUGUUCUGUGAUGAUUUGGACUCAAAUCAGACAUUUCUGGAAUCGCUGCAAAUUAGAUCAAAACUUUUGGUUUGUACCACAGACAGUUCAACAUCAGGAGACAAUUUGACAACAAAGUUCAAACCAUACUCAAAAAUCCUUAGGGAUAGAAACAUGAACGAUUUUAAGUUUGUUGAUACACUACAGAAGGCUGUUGUUGAUAUACUUGCAGAUUCGACUAAAAUGAGUAUUGAAAAGAUGUCAAAGAUCGCACCAGAUCUGGGGAUUCUUGUUGAUGAAAACAAUCUCAUCUGUCAAAAUGCAAAGAAAAAGGCAGACCUGAUCACACAAGAGAUCACAAAUAUACCAGAAUACAAAAUGAAGGAACUGUCAUUGCAAGACAAACUAUGGAAAGAGUUAUCCAAACUGGAUAAAGAGAUGUGUCGACUUAAAGCAAAGAAGCAAAACAUUGAGCACUACAAGAGUGAACUUAAAAGUCAAAUCCAGAAACUACAAAAGCAACAAGGAAGCAACGACAUGAGAGAAGCAAUGUAUCAAUUCAUCUCUGGCCUGAGCUGCUCCCCAGAUGAACAGUUAUAUUUUCUCAAGUGGAUGAAAAUAAAUUUAGAUAAUCUAACAAGAAAGCACCAGUCAAGACUUGAUGAGCAGUAUAGGGAAGUAUGUAAGAAUCCCAAAGAAGAUAAAGAACAUCUCAGAGAUCUGGAAAAUGAGAUUACAAGCAGCUCUUUAGGAGUCCAACACUUCAUGAGAGAGUUGAGUCAACUCUAUGAAUCAACACACUCCCCAAAAAAUAAGAAGCACACUGCCCUGAAGAAACUGCCAGAAAUAUGUGCUCAAUUGAUGCUGACUGGGUUUCCUCUAGAACUUAUUGAUGGAGACGCAUCAAACAUUCCAUUGACGUGGAUUAGAGAUGUGCUUACAGCACUUAACAAACUGACAACACCUCACAACAGAAUACGAGUUGUAACAGUUUUAGGAGUCCAAAGCACUGGGAAGUCUACUCUCCUCAACACAAUGUUCGGAAUUCAGUUUGCUGUUAGCAGUGGAAGAUGCACAAGAGGCGCCUUCAUGCUUCUAAUAGGCGUAUCUGAGGAAUUCAGAUCAGAGCUUCAGUGUGACUAUAUCCUUGUAAUUGACACUGAGGGGUUAAAAUCUCCAGAGUUGGCGAAACUAGCUGAUAGUUAUGAGCAUGAUAACGAACUUGCGACUGUGGUUGUUGGGCUUAGCGAUAUUACUAUUGUCAACAUUGCCAUGGAAAAUGCUAUUGAAAUGAAAGACACUUUGCAAAUUGUUGUCCAUGCCUUUCUCCGCAUGAAAGAGGUGGGGAAAAGGCCCUGUUGUCAUUUUGUGCAUCAAAACACUGCAGAUGUCGCUGUGUAUGAAAAGACCUUGAGAGAGAGAAAGAUUCUCUUGAAACAACUAGAUGAAAUGACACAAGCAGCUGCUAAAAUGGAGAAAAUUGGCAACAAGAAAUUUACAGACAUUCUAGAGUAUAACAUUGAUGGAAACAAUUGGUACAUACCUGGAUUGUGGCUUGGAGUUCCCCCAAUGGCACCUGUUAGUACCGGUUACAGUGAGGAGGUGAGUAAGUUGAAAGAUGGGAUACUUAACAUUUUUAAAGCAACAAAAGUCCCAGCACAGAAUUUCAUGGAAUUUGAAGAAUGGAUACGAAGUCUCUGGAAGGCUGUCCAAUUUGAAAACUUUAUUUUCAGUUUUCGCAACAGCCUCGUCGCUGAAGCCUACUCCAAACUUUGUGUUGAGUUUAACACUUGGGAAUGGGCCUUCAAGAAGCAUAUGAUUACCUGGUACACAAAAUCUGAAACCAAAAUCAAUAACUUGAGUGCAAUGUCAGUGCGGUCAAAAAACACACUUAAUGUUGACGGAGUAAUGGCUGAUUUAAAACAUGAAGCUACUAAAGAGCUUGACAAAGAGGAGGAAAGACUUUUAGGUAAAAUACAGCAAUACUUUGAAAGUGAGGAGGAACACGUUCAUCUUGUUGAAAAUUACAAGGAGGACUUUGUAAAUAGUGCAAAAUGCCUUCGAAGAGAGACUGAGACAGAUCUACGAAACAAACUGGAGAAUGCUGUAUUGAUACAGAAGGGAAUUGAAAAGGUGGAACUGAUAAAGCAAAAUCAAAGGGAUACCAUGAAAGAAAAAGUGCUCAACUUGAUCAGUGUCUGCAGAAAUGCAAAAAACAAGCUCUCUGAUAGUCAACUAAAUGAGGAAUUUCAAAAAAUGUGGGAUGACACUGUGAGGCAGUAUUCCCUUACAGCUCUACCAAGAAAUGAUUUGGGGAAUGAAACAUACAGACUCUUACACAGUAACUUGGAAACUAAAGGUGGAGCCGUACGUGAGAUGCUAUCAAAUAUCACCAGUCUAGAUCAGUGUGGCACUGGACCUUUUUAUGCAACGACUAUAAAAAUGAAUAUAUUUAAAAAACUCAAGAAUUCUCUUCUGCCUGCACCGAGGAAUAAAAAACACAAACUCAUACAAAUGACAUGCGAAACAAUAAUAAAUGAGAGCGAAAUGUUAGUUUUGUCUAAAACAAGUGCAAAAUCAGACUAUGUUAGCACUGAUAUACAAGAACUGUUGUGCUUCAUUGAAAAAAAAUUGGAAAACUGCAAGGAUCCACAGAUAAGCCCUGAAAAUGAAGCAUCUCUCAAGAUCCACAUUUGCAGGAUUGCAGCAAGAGCUUUCCAGAAAAUGCAUGAUGACUACAUACAGAGAACUGACCCUUUGACAUCUCUUGAAAGGUUCAAGGAGCAAUGGUUAGCUGACUUUAAAGACCUUUACUACCAGCGAGACCAGUGUCAGAGCAAGGCAGAGAUGUGUGCCAUGCAAUGCUUCGCCCCUGCUGUGAUGGAAUACAUCCAGAAACGUCUGGGACCUGACAUUGUGGAUGAAAUGUUGACAGGAAAAACAGCUGUUAAUUUUAGCACACGGACAUAUUUCCAGUUUUCACUUUUAAAACAACUGCUUCAGGAUGAAGACUUCAACACUGUAUUCAAGUUUGUGAAAUACUAUAAGAAGUUUGUAACUGAGUGGAUUUCAGAGAAGAUCACUGAACAUUUUUCAAAGGAUGAUGCUUUUCUCAAGUUAGAGAUGAAACAUUUGAACGCAAUUAUCAGCAAACUCGAAACAGCUAUUGAAAGUGCAAAAAGUAUGACAAACAACAGCAACAAUUUUGUGACCAAUGUCUUCAACUGUCUUGAUGAAGAGUUGGUGACACCAAUUGACACCCUUAAUGCAACUCUGGUUUUAAACAACUCGGACCCUGCUGAGUUUGCAGAUUGCCUUAAAUCAUCUAUAGACAAAAUGCAUCAGGCCAUAGAAGAUCAGCUACGGGGAGAAAGUGACAUAAGGGCAAAGCUAGCCAAACUCUCAAUGAACAGACCUCAAGAGAUUAUCUUUAGAAGAGUUUUUGGCUGUGGGAAAAAGUGUCCAUUCUGCAAAGCACCUUGUGAAGCUGGAGGAAAAGAACAUACUGAGCAUUUUGCCUCAGUUCAUCAGCCACAGGGCAUUGGUAAACAUAAGUGGACUAGUACAAGAAAACUAGUCCCUGACAUAUGCUCAUCUCUUGUUGCUAGUAAAGGGGAUUUCCGAAAUAAAGACACAGGGUAUCAGUGGCAUCCAAAUAAGGAAUACAGACAGAUCUACCCUGAUUGGAGGAUACAGCCUGACACUAGUAUUGAGGCCACUGACUUCUGGAAGUACAUCUUUGCUAAGUACAAUGCAAAAUUUGCUGAAAAAUACAAUGCUGAACCAGCAGACAUACCUCGUGAUUGGUAUAACAUCUCUGUACAUCAGGCAAAUAAAUGCUUGGAAGAUACAUUCUUAUUGAAAUCACAAAAAUAAUGAAAAUGGACGAUAAAUAACACAAAUAGAGGUGAACUGGUGAAUUACUCAAGUUACCGACCAGGCCAUUAAGUCUGGGCAAAGAAUCCUAGCUUACAGAGAUUUAAAACACUGUACAGCAUAUUCCUAUAGAUAACUAGUUUUUGCUGAAUGACAAUUGUGGUAGAUUUUUCCCUACGCAUCUGACUUAAGUUUACCUGGGCCAUCUCCAGUUGACACCCAAGCAUCUACAGUCGACACCUAAUAAUAUUUAUUUUCUAGCACUGCGUCUACAAAAACCCAGACAGACUCCAGACAUUUCCUUCAAAUAUGCUUUAAUCACGGCCAGAGGACCUCAUAUCAAUCACAGAGAAUCCCACCAGCAUAGCAAAGCAUUCUACAAUAUCUUCAUAUGUCAAACCCUUCUGUUACUAGGUAAAAGCAAGAUUUGCCCAAAUCAUGGGUAUAUUAGUUUGUUAGUCUCGCGUAGCCAGACCUUCAAACUGACGGCAGAAGAUCUGGACUCCAUUGCAACUUUCAUUUGCCAAGGACCGCCCAAAAGGAUGUUUGACUGACAUGUAAUGCAACCAAUCACAGUUCGUUUGGUUCCGAGUCAUGUUUAGGGGCUUGAAAACGUACCUACAAUAACAGACCGGCGUGCAUCUAAUAAAUUAUUUAUUCAAGAACAUUGUGCAAGUUUACUGCAACAAUGGAGUCGCGAACUUCACAUACUUUUGAAAAUCCAGCUUUUAGUUGAUGCUGGUAAGCGCUCAUUCUCACAGUUGUAAACACAAAGGCGUUCUUCUUCUACAAGGGGUUUUGGCGUCACAGCAUUUGUUUCCAGGUGAACUGUUAAAGAAUGCAACACGCACGUCUCCCGGACAUCCUGUAGAGUUCAACCAACCAGAUGAUGACUUCGAAACUCCUGAAGUGUUUCCAGAUAAGUGUGCCAUAUACAUCAGAUGUUCAGCCAACUAAGACUUAGACUAGUUUGUUGAUUACUCAGUAUGUCAUGGGGCUAUUAUAUUUAGAUAGUUGUCUAGCAUGUCCCUAAAUUAUAUUUUCCUUUUUCUUUUGUUAUAUUUGGACAUGAUUCAGACACACACUGACUUAGGCCCAAGGUUUGGGGACAUUUAGGUUUCAAAAGUGUAUAAAUGUUAUUCCUGCCAGAAAAAAGAAAUGUUAGUUUUGUGUGACAGUCUCUGCUCCCCUCUGGCAUCAGUGAGCUGCAGACGACGGUUCAUCGUUUGGCCAUCCAUGCACCACUUUUGGUACAUACUCACUACAGCGGUACGUGAACAACCCACAGGUUUCCGAGAUCAAAGUUCCGAGGCGCCGUGCCGUCACAAUUUGUCCUUUAUCAAACUCCGAUAAAUCGGCAGCUUUUCCCAUUCUGACACAGAACACUCUACUGACCGAAAGCCAGUCCUCGAGUGGUAUAUAUACUGCUUUGUGAACUGAACCUGCACGACCAUUCGGUUGCCAGGCGUGCUCAUUGCUCUAGGUGUGUGUGUGUAUUAACAUUAUGUAUAUAUAUGUAUGUAUUGUCAUUGUUUGAAGGAAAACAAUGGUCUUUGUACCAUUUCAGGCUUUAAAUUAGCUGAGAGAUUUCUUUUCCACUGUAAACGCACUCUAGAAAAUCUCUUAAACUGUGCACGUGUCAAUGUCAUGUUUUAAAUGUUUUAUGAUUUAGUAUUUGUCAAUUUAAUGUGUGUAGAACAUAAUGUAAAAAAAAAAAAAGACUGAAUAACAUUGAAAAACAAUUAAGCCAUUUACUGACUAUAAUUAUAGUUAAACCUAUAAAGAAAAACAAUAAAAGUAUUUUAUUUGUCAAAAAACAGUCUUGUUCUUCAUUAUUUGGUCUCUGAAGUCUGGUGUUUCAGAGUUAAUAACACUGGCCUUAUGUCUGUUUCAUCAUAUAAAGCAUUUACCCAUAUCCAUGUACACAAAGUUUACAAUUUUACUGUCAGCAUCCUACCUCCUGUAGUUGGUCUCCAUGCCUCUAGAGGCCCCUAUGUUCCCCUCUGCCUUAGUUCUUCCUCGUGUGUCCUUGUUAGCAUUAUCCAGGUCACCUGUGCCUUGUUUCACCUAGGGCAUUUUUUUUGCGUGAUUUUUUUUUUUUUUUUUUCCCAAACCAGUUCAGUGGAAAUCCCGCCCUGGAGCCGAUUCUAAACAUUUAAUUGGCCAUGUCAAUCACAGUAACGAUUACCUACACCCAACCCUGAUCCCUAAACCUACCCGUCACUGUAACCUCAGCCAAUGAAAUUGGUUGCAGGGUGGGGAUUUCUGCUGAACUGUUUGGGGAAAAAAAUCACACGUGUUUUUUCCCCUCUUGUUCCUCACUUGGUUUGUGAGUCUUGGCUAUGCGUUUCCUGCUUUGUUCCAAGCUACCUCAAGUAAGGUGUUUUUAGAUUGUUAAUGUUCUCUGGUUUUGUUAAUGUCCUCUGUCCGAGAAGAACUUCUGUUGAAUUUUUUUUCUUGCAAAGACCUUUUUUUUUUUUUUUUUUUAAAUAAAUCUACAUUGCCUGGAGUACUGCCUCGAGUGUUUCGUUUGGGUCCAACAUUACUGCCUCUGUGGCUAAGUGGUAGAUCUCUCAAACCACCACACCACAGACCAGAAUUCAAGCCUGGCAUGUGACGUACUAAAACUGCACUCAAAUAUAUUUAAUUUUUCAAAGCAUUAUUGGGCAAAAGUUUAUCUACAGUUUAGGCUACUUUGUAAUGGAAGAAUAAACUUUAAACACAGGACAGUAUAUGCAUAUCCAAAAUUGUACAGAGUAAUAUGAAAUUGUGUCAUGUCAGUUUCUGUACUGUAGAAAUGUGACAUCACAGCAACAAAAUGUUAAAGAGUCCUUAAUAUACUCAUUUACAGGUUCAUAGUUUUGUUUAAAGGGUCUGCUAGAAUAGUAUAAACUUAAAUCACAAGUUAGUCUGUGUAAAUAACAAAUAACCUGUCAGUAAACAUUGUAGGUAUGACUCAUAACUCAAUCAUUUGUAUGGAAUGUAUGGCACCAAACCUAAUUUUAGGGAGCUUUAAAAGAAGCUU